AUGUCGGAACCGGUCCAAGCAUGUAUCGAGGUUUGGGUGGAGAGUCUACGAGAACAGUUAGAGAAGUUCCAAAGUUGGGAAGCCGCGCCAGAUGAAGAUUCAAAUCAUAGAAGAAAAAAUUUAAUGUUGUUCAAGAAGCGUAUUGAAGUAUCGGUAAAAGUUAUCAAAGAUGAGAAUAAGAAGUGGAGUGAGAUCUUGGCGGACUUGAAAGGACCAGGAUCUUCUUUCCCCAAUAACUGCAUAAUCACUAGUACCGAUUUUAAGUACUCAUCAUUACGUUCGUCAUCUACGUCUAGCACUAACGCAGUAUAA